GGCCGACCCGGGAGCAUCUCCCCCGAUCCCGUUAACACGAGUGAGCCUUACCCCGGGAUCAUGGACCCCGGAGAACCUCUUGCCCCGCAGUGUACACUUUUGCCACACCACAGCACACCACCUUCCACAAUCUUUCCACAUCCACCAAGCCCAAAUUCCAGGAAGGACACGAGUAAACGGGGCGUCACUAACAAUUUCGGACAAAAAUUGACGAUGGACAACCAUGAACCCGAUCAGACCAGUUUAUCAUUCCGGGACUUCCCAGCUCAUCCAAAUGGACAAGUACGGAGGAAGCUCUACAAGCCAUCUGCCGACUUGCAAUUCGAUCUCGAGAUGGCUAGGCGUUCUUCAAAAAUCAACGGUGAUAACCAAGUCAAUGGCACCUCAGAACAAUCAAAUCCCACAGAAACUGUCAAAAGUGAACCGAUCGAAUUUGGUCUCAUCAGCCAACAUCCUGGAAUUGACGAGGAAAUAUUGGAAAAAUUGGCGAUCCCACCGCCUCUCAAAUACCAGCUUGGACUACAACGUGAAUUAAGACCGAGAGCAAUAUUCAUUUACAACCGAUCGAUAGCGCUAUUAAAGACUGAUCAAAUCAUCUCACACGUCCUUCAACUUCUCGCCGGCCGAAAGGCGAUAUUCAAACACCUCGAAUGGGUCGAUGAUUUUUCCUGCGUGCUAGAGUUCGCCUCAGACACGGAUGCAAUCGAAGGCUUUACUGGUCUCCUGGUUAGGCCGGAUGAGGUGGAAGGUGAAAAUGGACUUCCCGAGGCAUUUGCGUAUCUCUCCUCGCAGGAAUCGUCCGACGAAGUUUAUGCUGCUGCCUACGAAUUUGUCUGUACCCAUCGUCCGGCGAAACCGUUCCCAGAGUGUCUAUUCGAAGCCAAUCCCAAGAACAAAUUCCAUCGUCCUACCCAGCCUGAGCAGUUGAUCCCUUUCGUCCGAUUUGCAACCAACGCUGACGUCAAGGAUUCGCGUGCUAGAAAACAGAGCAUGUUCUAUGCUCUGAAUGGCGUUGGAGCUGGUCAGGAAGGCGUCUUGUCUGAGCAAGCUGGCUCGAUCGGUUCACGAAGAAAGCCGUCACUUGUCCGACCGCUACCUCCCGACAUUAUUAAUGCAUCCCUUCCCCUCGCAGCUCGUCUAGUGAAACCCCUCCCGAAAACAGCCCCCAAGGCCAAACAACCCAGACCCAAGGUAGGUGUGUUGGACGACGAACUUGCACGGUUCAUGAGCAAAGCGAUCGAGGUGAAGCCGUCCAUUGAUCGGCCGAAUCGGAAACGUGAAAGAGAGGAGGAAUCAAUCGAGGAAGAUAAACAAGGAGAAGCUGGGGCUGAAUUAGAGCUAGAAGCGAAGCCAACCCCAAGUCGCAAACGAAGAAUGCCCUCUCCCUCGGCGAUGAAGCCGUCUGUCGAACUUCUUCCAGACCGACCGGGAACAUGCGGAGGCAACUUGCGAGAUGAGGUCUUUUCGAGCGAAAAAUUGGUCACUGAUUUCCAGGACGUCAAGCCCAAACCGAAAGCGACCGAUGAUCAAGAUGCGCCAAGAGAGUCAGAAGAGCAGUCAACAAUGGACGGCCAGAAACUGACGGAGGGCUUGUUCGAUCGGCCGAUUCCAGAAGGAGGAGCCGAGCCAAUCGAACAGGACGCAGACGACGACCAAAAGAUGAUCGACAUUGGAAAUCCAUCCCAGCUCGUCGAGCCUCCCAAACAGCCUACUCCUCCACCUCCUCGUGUUCCAAAACCUGAGCCUAAAACUAGGGGGGGUCGUUGGGGACCUUUGUUCAGUCGACUAUGUUGAUCCACUUCCUAUGCAAAGCAUUUCAUCCAUCAAACAUUGUGUAAUAAUUCAUGUAACCAUUGGUUUUUCUCUCUCUGCAUCCUCAUUUUUCCUUUUCUAUUCAUGUGAUUCAAACCCGCAAAUAUGAUUUCCCUUUCAACAGCAGUGUCUUUGAAAAAUUCAACAUGGCUUCUUUGUGAAAUAAAAUGCAGUAUGUACAUAGCAAUCUUACCCCAGAUGACAGACCAUCAGCUAUUUUCAAUAGUCAAAUUCUCAAUGAUCUUUUGUGCCGCAUUGGCUCAACUAAACUUUACAUGUCCA